AUGGUCCGGAACAAGAAACUGUCAGUACCGGGGACGCAGCCAACAAACUCCCCACGGCGGAAUACGGGCCUGAUGGAUGAUUUCAUCGCAACACCGGUGGAGCUGAGAGGCUCCCUCGCUGCUGACAAAAUGGCGCCGGCCUCUCCGGGUUCGGAGAGUACAGAAGACUCCCUAUCAGGAGGUGACUAUGUGGGGGCCCUUUCUCAAAUAAGAACAGAGCUCACACAGAUAUCCCAGCGAAUGCUAUCUAAAGCAGACAAGGGCACUCUGGUUCAGGAGCUGCGCGCGGCCUUCAGAGAAGAAAUGUCGGGACUGCGCUCCGACCUGGCCAUGCUGGAGCAGAGGGUAGAGGAGGUGGAGGCGGCGGCCCAAGAAUGUGAGUAG